AUGUUAUACACUACUCCUACAUCUAUUUAUUGCAUAAUUGCUACAGAAUUUUGUGAACGAUUUUCUUUUUGUGGAUUGCGAACUAUUCUGUCCCUGUAUUUACGAAAUGUUCUUUGCCUACACGAGAAUGCAGCUACAGUUGUUUAUCAUAUCUUUAUAAUGAUGUGCUAUACUAUGCCAUUAAUGGGGGCAGUUCUUGCUGAUAAUUUUAUUGGCAGAUAUAAAGUAAUUUUGUACUUCUCCAUUAUAUAUCUCGUGGGAACUGUUUUGACGUGUCUCUCUGCAAUACCUCCGUUAAUGUUGCCACCUACGACAACUUCUAUAAUUGGUUUGGCUUUAAUAGCUACAGGCACGGGUGGAAUUAAACCUUGUGUAGCAGCUUUCGGAGGCGAUCAGUUUCGGCUGCCGGAGGAGAAUCAACGCUUACAACGAUUUUUCUCAACGUUCUAUUGUACCGUAAACCUUGGAGGGUUUAUGGGGACGAUUGUGACACCAAUGUUAAGACGCAGUAUCAUGUGUUUUGGUGACGAUACCUGCUAUGCCCUUGGAUUUGGCUUUCCCUCCUUGCUUGUCCUCAUAUCUAUUGUGACGUUCGUCGCUGGGAAGCCAUGGUAUAGAAUAAAGAAGCCGCGAGAUGCAAUAACCUUCAGGUUUCUAGCCUGUACAUGGUACGCAUUGAAGAAGCGCCUCCAACAUGACAGGAAGACAGAUGGCCCGCCUCCAGAACACUGGCUGGACUUUUCCGUCACAAAAUAUGGACGUAAACUCGUUGAAGAUAUGAAAAUUGUGUGUUCCAUACUCUAUCUAUACAUACCCGUUCCAAUAUUCUGGUCCCUCUUUGAUCAACAGGGUUCCCGUUGGACGUUCCAAGCUUCGAGGCUGCGAAGUGAGCUGUUUGGGGUAGCUCUAAUGCCUGAUCAGUUGCAAGUCAUGAAUCCUGCAAUGGUGCUUUUUAUGAUACCAGUGUGCCCUGGUGGAGCAUGGCCGCUCUUACCCGAUCUUCAACCGCUACACAAAAUGUUUCUUGGUGGGAUACUUGCUUCUUUGGCUUUCGUCGCAGCUGGCAUUCUGCAGAUCGGUAUUGAGCGUUCAACUCUUCAAGUACCAGGGCACCAGCAAACCGGACUGGUUUUAUUGAAUACUCUGGCAUGCCCCAUAGAGGUUGCGGUUAGAGGUGAAGGUAUAGCACCAGUCGAGGAGCAGGGAACAGCUCUCAUGACUCCUCUUGAAAGCCAACGGUUUUUUAUAUCAGCCAGUUGUCCCCUGGACUGUGCUGGAAGGAUCAUGAAACGACAUAUGAUUACAGCACAGCUUAAUACGGCACCUGAAGUGUUUAUGCCUAUUAUAGUGGGACAAAACUCUGACGACGAAAUCUCUUUAUAUUUCAUGGAUCCAAAUCCUUUCAUGAAAUCUUUAACGGGGAAACCCAAAUUAAAGGUGGUGUACAUAGGUGACUGCGGUCCAAAUAAGAAUGUAUCAAUUUCUGUGGAAACAGAGAAACAACUCAGCGAUAUUUACUACGUCUCUAACACUCCAAUUGACCACAUCGGAGAAUCCGCUUACAUGUGCUUACAGCCCGGAAAGUUCAGAUGGCACGCGAAAAGUGCUGGUGGUGAGGUGACAGGUUCCGGUGAGGGUUAUCUUCGCCCUGGUGGUGUUUAUGUACUAUGCCUGCGCGAGAGACUUGGUCGAUUGGACGCAGCGGUGCUGCAUUCACCGAAUCCACCAAACGAACUUCACCUUGCAUGGAUCGUACCUCAAUAUCUUCUUAUAUCAAUUGCGGAAAUUAUGUUUGCGGUUUCUGGACUUGAGUUUUCAUUUACACAGGCGCCUAAAUGUAUGAAGACCAUCACCAUUGCAGCUUGGUACAUGUCCGUUGCUAUUGGAAAUCUUAUUGUGAUUUUAGUUGCGCAAAUUAAGAUCUUCGAUUCACGAGCUAAAGAAUUUUUCGCCUAUGCCGGUAUUCUUACGAUUGCUAUGCUAGUGUUUUUAAAAAUGUCUCAAGGCUAUUGUACUCGAACAAUGGAGGGUGACGGUUCAUCGACGGAAAGCCACCCCUUGCUACGUCAUCAUUCUAGGGUUAUAUCCGUACAUUCAUUAUCAACAAGAACAAGGACGUAUAGUAGACCGGAAAGCAGCGAAGCUUCGUGUAUAGGACUAAUGGAGAAGCAGAAAACAAAAGCUUGGCCUCCUCAUGCCUUUGUUAAUUUAGCUACACCAAGUACAAGUGAUCUUAAAGCUACGACUCUAGCUAAGUAA